AUGUCGUUUCUACCCACCACUCUGGUAUCACCCACAAGUCCUACACGGAAGCGUAGGUCAUUACGCGUCUCGGGCGUUGCUCCUUCGUACGAAGCCCCGAACUCUACUCUCAACGAAGUAGGCGACGAGAAUCUACCACUUUAUUCGAGCAACUCAUCACCAACUUCCUCACAGCAAUUCUCGGAAACAACACCUCGACCACUCUAUACAGGCUCGAAACGGCCAUCGUCGUCACGGUUGAGUAUCGGUAGCAAUAUCAGCACUGGACUUGCUAGCAACGCUGGUUAUGGAAACUUGGCAGACGAGUUAGAAGAGGCUUGGGACCCCGACAUCGACGAUCAUGAUAUUUCCUUCCUCUCUGGCCUGCAAGAAGGCGACCCGGACGUGUUGCAUAGUCCAGCGAGUAACGGGAUGCGCGAGCUAGAUCUUGAAACAGGACCUCCGAGUCCUGCGAAGACUAAUCCUCCAUAUUCGCCUCGGAAGCCACCUAGUCCUUCGAAACAAUGGGCUAGCAUGGGAACACACCAGAAGACAGAGUCGCUAUAUGAUGGAUCAGAUUAUGGGCCUUCCUCAGACGACGAAGCUUUUGAUUCAAUCACGCCCACUUUGCAGCGCAGGAUACAUGACGUUGAGGAGAUCACGAGGAUAUCGUCCAAUGCAGACUCCCUAUCCGAGUCGGGUGGUGUGAUAGCAAGAACAACAGCCUCACUAAGAGACGGAUUGGCAGCGCAGUCGAAUAUAGAGAGUGGGACGACACGAUUGAUCACGGCGUAUAACUCUAUGGCGACCCACCGAUCACAUCAGUCUCGUGAAUUGAUGAAUGUCUCGCAUGCUCUAAUAUCCAGUUUAGCCAACAGUAUACUAAACCUACCGACAGAGACACUCGAGAUCGUUAUCGCCGAGCUUGAUUCUCUAACUCAAGCACUACCUUUUCUUUCCAUGUCUCCUCAGCCCUGCCCCACUCCUUUGAACGCGCUUCAGACGUUUGCAAAUAAUACACAGGAGUUACUGGCAUUGAUGCAUGGUUUGUCCGACACGUUAACUGAGCACCGUCAAUACCUCUUGACUGCCACUAGACGAUUAAAAUCCGUGCGCGAGCUGGUCAAUGAUCUUAUCACAGAAGAAGAACUUUUAUCGACGAGCAUUAUGCUUAUCCAAGCCGGAGAUUGGGAUCGCAGGUGCAAAGAGCGGCACGCUGGAAAGGCUGUAACGGAAGUGCUGGAGGGUUUCAGGAAAUCAUGGGGUAUCGAUUAUGUGGAAGGUGCAUGGAGACCAACCACGGUCAAAAGGAGGAGUAUUGCUGUACGUUGA